CCAGUGCGCGUGCGCGGGGCGAGGGACAGCAGCGGCGGUUGGUCGCGCGGAGAGAGGAGGGAAGGGAAGGGACAGCAGCGGCGUCGAGGGCCGAGCGGCCUCACACCGACACACACGGAGAGAGAAGGGGGAAGAUGGCGCAGUACAAGGGGGCGGCCAGCGAGGCCGGGAGGGCCAUGCAGCUGAUGAAGAAACGGGAGAAGCAGCGGGAACAAUUACAGCAGCUGAAGAUGAAGAUCGCUGAGGAUAAUCUGGUGAAGUCCAACAUCGACAAGAAAUUCUCGACUCACUACGAUGCGGUGGAGGCCGAGCUCAAGUCCAGCACCGUGGGGUUGGUGACCCUGAAUGAUAUGAAGGCAAAGCAGGAGGCUCUUGUGAAGGAGCGGGAGAAGCAGCUGGCCAAGAAGGAGCAGUCCAAGGAGUUGUUGCUGAAGUUGGAGAAACAGAAGGAGAGAGAACGCAAGAAGGAGGAGAAGAGGAAGAUCGCCAGUUUGUCCUUCACGCUGGACGAGGAUAAGAGGAGGGCGGAGGGAGGAGGAGAGGAGGAGGAGGGGGAGGACGAGGAACUCGAGGAGGAGCUGAGGAGUGAGGACGAGGAUCUGAUCAUCGACCGGUUCACCCAAUCGGCCACCAUUGGCACAGCUAAGGAUAAGGAAGUCAACGGUGUGCGGCUGUACGGUGACCGAGGGAGUUUGGCUCCCGGGCAGGCGUUGGGGGUAUCUGACUGCGUUUUGUGUCACAGGGGUACAGCAGAGCCCUAUUUCGAAGGCUUCGGCCCGACAGAGUUUGCCGACCAACGCACCGGGGGACGUUUCACAGGAGGCAAUGGACCCAUCACAACCUCCGGACCGACUACAACGCCUCCUAGAGAUGGCGUGAGACAUUUGAGUGAAGUGAAGAGAGGAGUUGGGGAAAAACCCGGACGUGGACACCAGAUUCCUGCCGGAUCGGGACCCGAGAG